AGCUUACUGGAUGAAAGCUUGAUGUUCUUGCUGCAUAUGUGUUUGCUAGCUUGCUACUGCUAGUUGCUAUGUGCUUGCUACUUGCUAGUUGCUAGGUUCAUCCACUGUGCUAUGUGCUUGCUUGUUGCUGCUCCUAUGUGCUUGCUUGUUGCUGCUGCUAUUUUGGGAAGUCUAUGGUUUUCCCUUACAACAUACUACUGCUGAUUUAACUGCAAAAGAAUUAGUAAUGAAGAAGAAGCAUGGCACUAUAUUGAUGCUCACAAUGUUCAUUUUGAUGUUUACAGCACUAGUUGUUCCACGCCGCGCCGCCCUGACCUCCACGCGCACCUUGGAGCAGCAGCUGGAGAAGCACGCCGCGCCGCCCUCGACCGCUGACGCCGCCGCAGAGGACCGCCGCCGCACUUGCAGACAGGAUGGCCGGUCCCGGUGGCCGGCGAGGCGGUCGAGGCCGCGGUCCUGGGCGCCCCCGGGGCCGGGGAAGGGGCCGCCGCGGUGGAGCAGCAAGGGCCCCACGGUCACCGUCACCUGCAUCCUCCUCGUCUUCGGAUGAGGAACGCUGCUUCGAGUUCCUCCUCCGCAUCGACGACGACCCACUCGGCAUCAAGAGGCUACCGGACAAGUUCGCCGAGUUCGUCGACGGCGUC